AGUCAGCUCGCGAGCUUCCCCUCGGAGGUGGUGGUGUCGCCUUGGCCCGCAGCUGCCGAGUCCCCGGGCGAACGGCGGAGACGGUGAAGAAGCAGUCUGGCUCCCGAGGUCCCCCCCUUACACCCCAGGGUCCAGAUGGCGGCCAAUGUGGUUGAUCAGCGCGGCACCGACUGGUCCUCCCAGUACAGCAUGGUGGCCGGGGCGGGCAGGGAGAACGGCAUGGAGACGCCCAUGCACGAGAACCCGGAGUGGGAGAAGGCCCGCCAGGCCCUGGCCAGCAUCAGCAAGGCGGGCGCUGCCGGCAGCUCCAAGGCCAGCAGCAACGGGCCUGUGGCCAGCUCACAGUAUGUGUCUCAGGCAGAAGCCUCGGCCCUGCAGCAGCAUCAGCACUUCUGCCAGUGGUACCCGCAGUACAGCUACGCCUACCCCGUGCCCCCCACCCCACCCCACCCCUGUCCCCGCAUGGAUGACGGCGGGUCCUACCAGGCCUCUCCACCGCAGCUGCCAGCAGCUCAAGCCCCUCAACCCUCCAACCCCUCGCAUGGGGCUCCCGCUCUGAACAGCGGCCCCUGGCCUGGGGCCACGCCAGCCACACAGCACAGCCAGGCGGGGCCGACCUCGGGCCAGGCCUAUGCGCAGCACAGCUACCCCGAGCCGGCCAAGCCCAAGAAGGGCCAGCAGCUGUGGAACCGCAUGAAGCCGGCCCCCGGCACUGGUGGUCUCAAGUUCAACAUUCAGAAGCGGCCCUUCGCUGUCACCAACCAGAACUUCAGCUCCGCCUCGGAGGGCCAGCACAGCGGCUUCGGCCCCCAGCCCAACCCCGAGAAGGCCCAGAACCACAGGGGGAGCCGGUCCGGGAAGCCCGACGAAUGGCCGCAGGACAUGAAGGAGUAUGUGCAGCGCUGCUUCGCGGCCUGCAAGUCAGAAGAGGACAAGGGCCGCACGGAGAAGCUGCUCAAGGCGGUGCUGCAGGCCCGGCUCCAGGUUGGCUCCGCCUAUACCGUCGCCUGGAGCCGGGAGCCUCUGGCCGGGCUGCCUCGGGACACUGUGGCAGGGAACCCCAAGAAGAAGCGGUGGGAGGCCCCCAGCAGCCUUCACCCUCCCAGGGGGGCAGGCGGCACGACCAGGGGCGGGGGUGCCCAGUCACAGCGAGGGACGCCAGGGGCUGGGGGUGCUGGCCGAGCGCGGGGCAACUUUGCCAAGUUCGGCAACCGCAAUGUCUUCAUGAAGGACCACAGCUCCUCCUCCAGCACAGAAUCCCGUUCCCGCUCCUCCUCCCGGUCCCCGACCCGCCACUUCCGCCGCAGUGACUCCCACUCGGACUCGGACAGUUCCUACUCAGGGAAUGAGUGUCAACCUGUGGGCCGCAGGAACCCGCCCCCCAAGGGCCGGGGCGGUCGGGGGGCCCACCUGGAACGGGGCCGAGGCAGGGCGCAGCGAGGGAGGAGGCCUGAUCCAGCUCCCACCAAGCGCAAGCGCAAGCGGAUGGCGGCGCUGGAGGGUGAGGACCCCGAGCGCGAGCUGAAGAAGCAGAAGCGGGCAGCCCGCUUCCAGCACGGACAUUCCCGCCGCCUGCGCCUCGAGCCCCUGGUGCUGCAGGUGGGCGGCCUGGAGAGCAGCGGGGGCGACCCCGACUGGCAGGAGCUGCAGAUCGUGGGCACCUGCCCCGACAUCACCAAGCACUACCUGCGUCUCACCUGCGCCCCCGACCCGUCCACGGUGCGCCCUGUGGUGGUCUUGAAGAAGUCCCUGUGCAUGGUCAAGUCCCAGUGGAAGGAGAAGCAGGACUACGCCUUCGCCUGCGAGCAGAUGAAGUCCAUCCGGCAGGACCUGACGGUGCAAGGCGUGCGCACCGAAUUCACCGUGGAGGUGUACGAGACACACGCCCGCAUCGCCUUGGAGAAGGGUGACCACGAGGAGUUCAACCAGUGCCAGACGCAGCUCAAGUCACUGUACGCGGAGAGCCUGCCCGGCAACGUGGGUGAGUUCACCGCCUACCGCAUCCUCUACUACAUCUUCACCAACAACUCGGGCGACAUCACCACGGAGCUGGCCUACCUGACGCGGGAGCUGAAGACGGACCCUUGUGUGGCCCACGCCUUGGCACUGAGGGCAGCCUGGGCUCUGGGCAACUACCACCGCUUCUUCCGGCUCUACAGCCACGCGCCCUGUAUGUCUGGCUACCUCAUAGACAAGUUUGUGGACCGGGAGCGCAGAGCCGCCCUCAAGGCCAUGAUCAAAACCUUCCGCCCUGCGCUGCCAGUCUCCUACCUGCAGGCCGAGCUGGCCUUCGAGGGCGAGGCCGCCUGCCGGGCCUUCCUAGAGCCCCUAGGCCUGGCCUACACGGGCCCGGACAACACCAGCAUCGACUGCCGCCUCAGCCUGGCGCAGCUGUCCACCUUCUGAGCACCGCGCCACGGGGGUGGGGGCAGGGCUGCGGCCCCUCGCCACCUCUGCAGAUUUUGUUUUUGAGCCAUGGACUUGGGUUGUAAAUUAAUUGUGGGGAGUGAGCUCCAGGAAGAGCCUGGAGCCGUUUUCCUGCCCCCGUUUUCCUACCGGGGAGUCUGUACAGAGAUUUUUCUACGUUUUUAUUUUUGCCUCAGAGGAAUGGGAUGGGGAGGAGGGGGGCAGCCGAGGGUUGGGGGCUUGGUCUGUCCACACUGCACCUCUACUAAUGCUGUCUCAGUGUUUUCUCUCUCUCUCUCUCGCUUGUACUCCAGUACCAACUCGGCACCCUGGCCCAUCUCAUGCCAGGGGGCCAGCAGAAGAAGACAGGCCGCUCCGCCCGUGCCCGCUGCGGCGGGGGCACCAGCACGCUGCCCGCCGCCCGUCGCUCGCCGCCCAUCCGCCUACCUCACCACAGACUCUUGUUGCCCAGCCCUCCGGGGCCUCAGUGCUCGGGGCGCGGGGAGCCGCAGAGACUGUGUCUUGCCCUCGGCUCCCGCCCCAGAAACGCCAUCGCCGCACCAGGCCACCAGCAGAUCCACGUUGCCACCUGCACGGAAGACUCCGGAGGCCAUCGCGGGACCUCACCGGCCGGGCCGCCUCGUCUGCAGUUGUAUUAAGUUGUCUCGUGUCCCCUCCUCCUGCCACCCCAGUGUUUCUUCUAGUUUUUUAUUUCCCCUUCCCCCCCUCUUCCCCCUCCUGCUCCCUCCUCCCUUGGUUCAGCACAGGUAAACGGUUCCCCUCCCCGCCUUCAUGGAUCACCAGCUCACGUCACAUUUCCUUCUCGUUUCUUUUUGUGUGUUUAUUUAAGUUAUUUUCCCUCCUUCCUCCCCUUUUCUUUUCCCCUCCCUCCCUCUUCUGCCAUGUAAUUGGAGGUUGUGCAAUGAGUUUGCAAACAGCUGGACUGUCAGGCUGCUUUUUUUCCAGAUAUUCCUUCUCUGCCUCCCCAUCCCCUCCUCUCCCUCCCCCUUUCUUUCCUUCAUUCUUUCUUUGGAUCACUGAGCACGUGUGGAAGCUUGAGAGAAACCACAAUUAAAGAGAGAGAGAGA